UCUGAAACCGCCAUGGGAGCAAUUCAAUAACAAGGCAUGGUAUUGGUGAUUGGCAAUCUUCGUUCCUGAAACGGUGUGUGGAAACUUGACUUGGCGUCCGUAAACUUCAAGGUUCCAAGACCAAUUCUUUUCACCUUCAUGCUUCGUAUUUUCACUUUGUUGCGGCAAUAAACCAAACCUUCCUUCAUAGAAUGCACUCCUUUUAUCACCUGUCUGUCGCUUUGUGUGCUUUCUCGUCCUUCUCUCAAGUAAUCAGCUCUGGGGUUCAGCCGGCCGCACAUGACCAAUCGCGCAGGUUGGCGCACAUACGCGCCUUGAGCAGGAACCACCAGCCCCUCGCUCUCGCUGUCGAUGAGUCUGGGGAUACGAAAAUCUUGAAGAGAGACCAAUUUACUUAUUUUCAAGAUGGCCAGGGCGCUUGUGGAACAUUUAAUAGUCCUAGCGACUUUAUUGUUGCGCUCAACUCAUGUGAAUUUAAUGGAGGCAGUCACUGCUUCCAAACGGUAACUAUCACUGUGAGUGGCAAGUCGACACAGGCCCAGAUUACAGAUGAGUGCCCUGGAUGUCCCUGUGGGGGACUUGACCUCAGUCAAGGUCUCUUUGAAUUCUUCGCGCCAACUGGCGUGGGCGAAUUGUCUGGAUCGUGGAUUUAUGGUACUUCUUCCACGUCCACAUCUCUACCGUCCACGACGACUACACAGUCUUCCACAAGCACCUGGACACCAUCAUCGACUGCCACCACCUCAAGUACUCCCACCCCCACUCCCACCCCCACAAGCACAAGCACCCUCGCAACCACAACCAUGUCAUCCACCACAUCAGCUCCCAUCCUAACUACCACUUCGUCCACUGCAUCUCCAGUUCCGACUUUUAGCCCCGACAAUCCUCAAUUGCUCACACAAGUCAACCUUGCGCUGAUUGAACUCGGUUUAGUUCUCCAAGCCUGUGCGGCAUUGUCUUCAUAGACAUCUACACCCUUUCUUUAAGCGAUCCGCUUUAAAUACAAAUCACGCUGUUCUUGCAUACAAUUUUUAUGGUGAUUAUGGGGUGGGAUCUAGAAGUAGCGCAAUGAUGUACCCAUCAAUAAUGCUCGUACUGGUGUAAACGUGUAGCCCAAGAAUGCUAUACCACUAAUCAUGACUGAGUUACAGCCGUUCGGACGAU